AUGCGCAUGAUCAGAGAUUAACGGGACUUUCCAACAACUACAGCAGUUCCAGGAGACGUAAAGGCUGAACAUGCGAAUGUAUGAAGGGAUUCCUUACUUCAAUCACUGAAGUGAUCGAUCCUAUCGUUUUUAAAAACAGAUUUUAGCUCUACAAGGUCAAUCAAUUAGUGGGUAAACUGAAAGAAGUGGUGGGAAGUUCGUUAGCGUAUUUCUGAAAACAAGAUUUAAUCAUCGAAUCGCUGCACGCAAAAAUAUAGGUCAGCAUAUCCGAGAGUGAGGAAGCAAAACAGACGGAGCCCAUGUCGGUAAAGGACAAAAUUAAGGCAUUUGAAAAUAAAAAUAAAGUAACAGUCACGGAAAGUCACCCUAAAGUAUCAUCUCCGACUUCGCAUAGCACUCCAAGUGAGCUGACAUCUUGCUUGUCUUCACCUUCAUCUGUUCAGGCUGCAGAAGAGGGUGAACCUGUUGACCCCAACAUGUCUGACAACCCAACUGGUAGGUUUAUAACUGAUGACUCCAGUUCUCUGGAGGAUGAGGAGGAGGACAAGGAAACUGAACUCCAGACUCAACAAGAGGAAGAGGAGGAGGACAAGGAAACUGAACCCCAGACUCAACAAGAGGAAGAGGAGGAGGACUCUGAAGGAGAGGAUGAUUUCCAUGGCAACUCAUCAUCUAGUGAGAGCGAAAAGUUUGUAGAUGCUUCCCAACAACUAGAAGAUAGUGGGUCAUCACUGCAGCUCAAGUUUUCUGACCCAACAUCAUGUUCUAAAUCUGAUGACAGUGGGAGUCCCAGUAGUCCAGAGGCUGUGUGGAACCCCCCAAGUUUUACCACCCCUGAUCAAUCUCGCAAAUCAGGCCCCCAGGAAGAAAGUUCUCCGACAUUUCCUUCACAGGCCCCUGUAACUAGGCAAACCACCCCAUUGCACAAAGAGGAACCAACAGCCAGGACCGUAUAUCAGAACUGGGAUGUUGAUGACAAUGCGCAGGGUGAUAAAACAUGUGAAGCAAGCAGUCCAGGUAAACAGGAACGGGUGUUACCAAGGGGAACUGUUUACCAGAAUUGGGCCCCAGAGAUGACAUCUGCUCCUCCCCCAGUUCCUGAAAGGACAUUCAGAGGGGAUGCUCCUCCUAUUCCCCCUAAAAGUUAUAGAAAUGUGACCCCAACACGUGAUUCAACCUUUUGUGGAAGUGAUGAAUACCACAGCAUGCACUCUCUACCAGGCAAUACAAAUCAGUCUAGAGCUGCAAUACCACCAAAUCCGAAUUUCCCUACAAUGUCACAGAACAACACUGGGACAGAAGGGCAGGCUCCAGCACUGCCUGCAAAACCUCCAAUCGCUGAAUGGGAUCCCCACAAUAACCCACAGUCAAUACCACCAAAGAUGGAAUAUCCACAUUUUCAAAACCCUUCAUAUCCAUACUCGUCGAUGCCAGGAGGCAUGCCAUCUUUGGGUAACCCAUACAAUGUACCAGGGCAGCCGUUCCCUUUCUCUGGUUCUGACGCUGGUAUGUGGGGAGUACCUGCUGACUACCAGCAGAACCUAUCCAUGCAGCAAUAUAUGCAGAUGCAGUAUUACUACAUGAUGCAAUAUGAACAAGGGAUGAAGUCACAGAUGACAGCUCCACAGACUCUCAGUGGUCCAACCCCCAGAGGCGAUACAGACUCUGCAGUCCCCAGUCAAGGUCAGAGUCAAGGUCAGAAAAAGCAAAAUCCAAAGGAGGAAGGUCAUACAACUGCAGCCCCUCAACUGAAAGGUAGUUCUAAAACUGAGCAGACACCUCCCAAGGUUGAUUUAAAGAAACCAAAGAAAGAACCGACUCCAAAAGCCAGAAAGAUACCACAAGGAAAGGACAAAGUGGUACCGAAGUCUGUCCCACGGGAAGAGGAAAAGACUUCUGCAAACUUUUUGUGUGUGAAUGGUCUGAAUCCUGAUACCACUGAGGAGACUCUCUCCAACUUUCUGGAGGCAAAAGUAAAGAACGACGUUGAAGUAAAGAGUGUUGUCUAUAGUGAAGAAAGAGAAACUGCUGUUGUCCAGUUUGAUUCACCUGUGGAUGUUGAUGAAUUGAAUAAGGCGUGUAAGAAGAAACCACUAGAAGGAAACUAUAUUAUAAAUGAGCCCAUAGAUCAUUCGAGGCUGAUUGUGGUGUCUGCAGAGGGUGAAGUGACAGAGGAAAUUCUGAAGAAAUAUUUCCAGAACAGCGCUCUGAGUAGUGGAGGGGAUGUGCAGCGGGUAACCCAUAGAAACGAUGGCUGCUUCACUGUCAAAUUCAAACACGAAGAAGAUACCUUGAGAGUUUGUAAGAAGUUGGACCAUAAAGUGUCGCAUACACCGCUCGUGGUGACCCCCUUGUUCUUUACGGAUCACGGUGAGAUUUAUGAUGCCAUGAAACACAGAGUGCCAUUGCCGGACGCUUUCAUUGUAACAGACGUAGACUCUCAUUUGCAAAGAUUUCUACAGCAGUCAAACCAGACUGUAGAGCAAAUCAAUUCUGAACUAGAGAAGAAAUUUGCCAAGGCCAUUGUCACAGAAGAGAUUCAGGUAGAGUGUCUUCUUAGUCAGAAAACACCAAAUGCUCGGCAGCAUGUCAAGACUUGGAAGACAGAUGCAAAGGAAAGCUUUGAUUAUCAUGUGCGUGAAAUUAUUCAAAAAGCCGAGAUUGAGGUUACUGAAGACGCUUGGAGUGAAGUGGAAGAGUACAUAACCAUUACGCACAUGCAUAGCUCUGAUAGCAUUAUAACUAUCUAUGAAAAAGACACUUUGAAAAUUGUCUUUGUCGGGAUGAAAACGCUGGUCCAAGAUGUGCACAUUCAAACUAGUAACCAGAACAAAGCCAUAGAAAGCAAACUGGAGAGGAAGAGGCAGAUCAUUUCAGAAGAGAGGGAAUGCAGUGUUUCUAACAUCCGACUUCUGGAAAGACUGGGAGUUUUUGCAGAAGUGAAUGAUAUCAGAGAAGAUUUAGAUGUAGACAAAGAUUGUCAAAAUGGAAAAAUCUUGUUCAGAGGUGUGAGAGAUGAUGUUUUGGAGGCAAGACUUAGAAUUGAAGAGAAACUUAAUCAGUUUGAAAAAUGGACAAUAACAGAAGGUUUAUCUAAGUAUCAGAUUCUCCUGCUGGGGACUGAGGGAAGAAAAUCGGAUUUACAGGACGCGUUCCAGCGACAAGGACUUACAGUUGAGGUGGAAUUUGAAGGUGAGGCAAUUAAAGUGUAUGUCGUAGACAACAGUCAGAAAUCCUCGGCACACAACAUCAUCAUGAAUUUAACAAAAGAAUCUUCUAUCGUCCUGGAUGAGACUUCGCUAAACGUACUUUCCACUGAAAAAUGGGAACUUGAAAUGAUGACAAUUCUGUCUGAGAACUAUGAAAGAGUAAUGAUUUCUCCCUCAAAUGAUGCUAAAAUCACCAUCACAACUACUAGUGAUCUUCAUAUUGGUGUAAAGACCAGGCUGGAAAAUUUCAUACAAGAACAUUCCAUCUAUACAGACAUAGUGGACAUUGAUGAUGAAGGAGUUGUGAAGUUUAUUGUAAAACAUUGUUCAAAACUGUUAGAAAAAAUUCAGGACAAGCAUCAACAACAUUUUCUUAAAGUUGAAGUUCAAAAUAAACAAGUGAUGAUGUCAGGCACGAAAGAGGGGAUCUCAUUGGCCAGAUCUGAUGUCAUGGCCAUGACUAGAGACAUAAACCAUGAAAUCAAAACUUACAACCAACCUGGAAUUAACAAAGUGCUUAGAACAGAUCAAGAACGAUUGGUGGAGAUAGAGGACAACUGCCGCUCCAUAAUCAUGUUUACUGGUCCCAGUCCCAGGUCUACAAUGGAUGAGGACACACCCAGAAGAUUACGCAGGGAACACACAGUGUUGGAACCUAGAUUCAGAACAUUGCCUGAGGAAGAGACAUUAUUAUCUUUUGCUGAGAGUCCGAGACCAGUACCUGCACCUCGAGUUCAAUCCGGUCCGUAUCGCUGUGCCGAGAGCAACAUUGUGAUUAAACUUAUCAAAGGAGACCUAGCAAAGCAAGAGGGAGAUGUCAUUGUAUGCUCUGUGGGACAAGACCUCCAUCUAAAUAAAGGACAGGCUAGUCGGAAUUUGUUGAAAGAAGGGGGUCAAGGACUGAUGGCUGAUAUAGAAACUAACUACCCUAAUGGGGUUCAGCUGGGUGAGCUGGCUAACAUAGGCGGGGGGAACUUGAGGUGUCAGGAGUUGUAUCUUGGAUAUUUACCUAACUGGAGUGACACCAAGGGCAAAACUCCGAAUGAGUUAGACGGAUGGCAGGUGUUGGUGGAAUUUAUGAAUAAAUGCUUGAAGACUGCCGAAAAUUCGUCAUAUCAAACAAUUAUUUUUCCUGCAAUGGGCACGGGUCAGCUGGGAUAUCCUAAGGACAAGGUGGCCGAAAUGAUGUACCAGACUGUCAUUGACUUUGACCGCAAAUGUGCUGGAACACAAGUUAAAGAGAUCAAAUUCAUUUGUUACCCUGGAGACCUGGAAACUUGUGAUGCAUUUGAAGCUGAGGAGAAACAUCGCCUCAAUCCUCAUCUCCCCAAGGCCAUCGUCAAAGCUCCCCCCAAAGGACCAUACAUCACGAAGAACAAGAUAAAAGUAUCAAUUGUGAAGGCUGAAAUUGGUAAACACAGUGCUGAUGUGUUGGUCGUAGCGUGCGAGAAGACGCUGAAUCUAAGUGACUCGGGAAAGGCUGCAAAAUCGUUGUUGGAGAAUGGAGGAGCAUUGCUGCAGGAAGGAGCGAGAGUGAAGUAUCCUAACGGCAUUGCUAACUUUGGGAACUUUGCAAGCAUUCCUGGGGCAGGACUCCAGUGUCAAGAAGUAUAUUUAACAGCUAUACCCAAGGAAGAACAAGCAACACAAACUACAUUAUGCAAAUUUAUUGGGGAGUGUAUGAAGCAAGCGGAUCAAUCCGGAUAUGGUUCUAUCGCCUUCGCUGCCAUCGGAACAGGAAGCAUGAAAUACUCGGCGUCUGACGUGGCUAAAAACAUGUACAAUGAAGUGAAAACAUACUCUGACAGCAAUCCUAACUGUAACGUGAAGCUCGUCCAGUUCGUUCUCUAUCCGGCAGAUACCAAAUCUAUCAAGGCCUUUGAAGACCGUGAGAAGAAGUUAUUACAUCGUAUCAGAUAUUCCAGUGGAUCAGGUGCUUACACCACAUCUAAUCAUGGAGUAGUGGUGACAGUGAAAACAGCUUCUAUCACAAAGUUGAAGGACACAGUAAUUGUUUUGACUGCAUACCCUGACCUGAACCUGAACAAAACACAAGUCACUAAGGCAGUAUUGAAGGAGGGAGGGGGCAUGAUCCAAAUGGACAUUUGUAACAACUAUCCUAAUGGGAUCAAGGAGGGGGACGUAGCCAUUGUCGGAAGCGGAAACCUACCCUGUAAGGAAAUCUACAUCGGUACCUUGCCUAAAUAUUCCUCUGAUCCCAACACAGCAGAUAAGACAUUGAAGGAUUUCGUUAUGAAAUGUUUGACUGUGGCAACCCAAAAAGGACAUACUUCGGUCUCCCUUCCCUGUCUUGGGACAGGGUAUAAUGGGUACCCCCACGCGCAGGCUGCUGCGGUGCUGUUUGAGGCAGUCACUGAGUAUGAUAAGAAAGCAUCCUCCACAAGUGUCAAAGGUGUCAAUUUUGUGGCCCUCAACAGUGAUCAUAAGUCUCUUAGGGCAUUCCAGAGUGAGGAGAAGAAGUUCUGUUCUCAACAAGCUCAAUCCAGUCUAGGGCAGAGUGUCAGCUUCCUUCCUAGUCUCAGUUCCUCGUUUGCUAUGGAAGCCAGUAGUUUGGUUCGGGGGAUGGUGACUAGAGCCAGUCGGAUGUUUAAGAGUGAAGUAGAUGAGGAGGAGGACAUCUCUGAUGUAGUGGCGAGGCCCGGACAAAAGCAAAAUGAGGUUAUGAUUGGUCAGCUGACUGUCAGUGUAAGUGCAGGUGAUCUUACAGAGCAGAAAGUGGAUGCCAUUGUCAACAGCACCAACCUCGAUCUGGACUUUACACAAGGGGGUGUGUCUGCUGCAUUGGUUAAGAAAUGUGGAAAACAGCUGCUGACAGAAUGUUCUGCUAAAAAGGAUGAGAUGAAGAAAGAGAAGAUGGUGGUUACCUCGGGGUGUGGCCUGUCUAAUAUCAAACACAUCAUUCACAUAGAGUGUCAGUCCAGUAUCAGUAACUGGAGAAGUAUGGUGAAGAAAACGUUGGAGAUGGCAAACAGCACACAGUGUACAACUAUAGCAUUUCCUGUAGUGGGAACAGGUAAAGGGUUUGUUAGCUUCACCACAACAGCCAUCGGAGAGAUGUUUUUGGAGAGUGUCAGCGAAUUCAUGUCGCAGAACCGUCAGUGUAAAAUGACACUGGUCAAGAUUGUGGCCUUCCAGGAGGAUAUGGUCACACCACUGUCCAAGGCUCUGAGGGAUGCGUGUGGGAAAUCUAGAGCGACCGGGAUGCGUUCUAAAUUGUCAGAUAUGGCCAGUAGUGUUGGACUUUUUCCUCAGAGAGGUCUGGCUUCAUCAGCUGACAAGGAAGAUCCGUCUGUGACUUUGUGGAUCUAUGGAGACACACAAGGAGACCGAGAUAACACAAAGAAAGAAAUACAGACAUUCAUCAAAUCACAGUCGACAAGGGCUGAAAUAAAAGACCAAUUGCUACCAACUUUGAAGCCAAAUGAGAAGAAGAAAAUUGAGUGCGUGAAGGAGCAGCAUGAUGUCAAAAUGUCCCUGGAACUACAGAAAGGACUGAUGACGGUGGAAGGACUGUUUGAUGAGGUGGCUAAUGCUAAGGAUAAGAUACAUAACCUGCUACGGGGUUUCCAGAAAGAGAGGUGGUUAGAUGAAGAGGCCAAGCUGGUGGCAGACACGGUUCAGUGGAGCGUGAUGGUUAAAGAUCAACAGACUGGAUUGGAUAAACUAGAGGAGUACCCAGAACGCCAGAACAUGUACCUAGAAACAGCCUAUAAAAAGAAAGAAAAUCAGGUGAAGUUAAGAACUGAGGAUGGUGAUAUUAUUGUGGACUUGACUACGAUGAAGGAAUACCCAGCGGAUGAUCCCAGUCAUAAAGACAAUGUAGUCCGCAAGGAGAAGGUCACAGGUAACAUGAUAGAACUGCCAGCCCACUGGACACCGAUGCAAGAUACAGAAAAUAUAAAGGUUAUAACAUUGCUUCCAUCCAGUACUGAAUACACGGAUAUUGAGAAGAAAUUCAUAAAUUCAGUAAAAACUGGCAUUUACAACAUUGGCAAGGCGCCCAACCCAGCGAAUAAUCCAGUCGGACAGUUCAACAAUGUCAAAAUCACCAAGAUUGAAAGAAUUCAAAACCCAUCUUUAUACCAGCAAUAUGCAGCCAAGCGUGCUCACAUAGAAAAGCAUGUUGAUCAAAAUACAACCCUAGAACAGGACCUGUGGCAUGGGGCACCACCCACUGCCAUUGUCAGCAUUAACUACUAUGGAUUUAACAGAAGUUACUGUGGAGAUAAUGCUGGAGAGCCGUGGUUCGGGAGAGGAGUUUAUUUUGCCAAUGAUGCCUCCUACUCUGCCCGAGACUGGGUAUCCGCUCCGGAUUCAUCGAGGAAAAAGAAGAUGUAUCAAGCAAAAGUGAUCACAGGACAUUUUUGUAAAGGCCAAAAAGGCAUGCGAUAUCUACCAGAAAGAAUGACUGGGGUGAAUUACGAUUGUGCAGUGAAUGACGCAAACAAUCCACUCGAGUUUGUCAUAUUCAAUGACACUCAGGCUUAUCCAGAAUACUGCAUUGAAUUCACAAUUUAAUCUUGAAGCAAUUUUGGAAGAGAGAGAGCAGACCAAUGAAUACUUGUAAUACAAUUGAUAGACAGUUUUGCUUUACAAUUUUCUCCCCACAAUUAGUUGCAUUCCAUAUUUACAUCUGUGAGGAGGUUACUUUUACAUCAUUUUCAAAUAAUAGUACGUAUGUAGUACAAAUAAUAGUACGUAUGUAGUACAAAUAAUAGUACAUAUGUAGUACAAAUAUAGGAACAAAACUAAUGUGUUUGCUUCAGUCAUGAUCGAGGGUCAGGGUUCCCAGUAAUUUUGUCAUUUGAUAUAAAUAGAUCCUCUGUGAGUUUUACCUGUAGCAUAGAGUCUCAGUAGUAGAUUAGUAUUAAUUAGAUUAAUAAUUAGAUUAUUAACGUGAAGAAUAAUUUUCCAACAGUUGAUUAGAGUGAUGGAGAUUGUAAUGAAAACAUACACCAAUAUUCACUCUUCAUACUGUAUACAGCUUUUUGUUGAUAUUUUGUAUAAAUGUAUUAUGCUGAUGAACCGUAAGGCUUAAAGCCAAUGAACAAUAAUAAAAUGCAUCACACUGUCUGUUGGAAGGCAGGUCCCGGUGUCCUGAGAAUAAUGAUCCUUAAUUGACUGUUUUACCUUUGAUACAUUAGUGCAGACAAAAUCAUUCCUAGUAUGUUUGUGUACCUGUAAUUUUUAUAAUGAUUUAGAAAAAAUACUGCACACAUAGUUACACAAUAAAAAUCGUCAUAAACACUGCGAGCCUGAAAUGGUGCUGAUCAAGGCAUGCUGUGUCCAUUAGUGUUUCCUUUUGGUGAAUGUGUUUUGAUAAGUGUUUGAAGAUUUUGAUUUUAAUGGACUUGGUCUAUUAAGGAAUUGUUUGCUACAUGUAAAUUAUUAUUCAGUGGUUCCUCAGAUAUCUGAUAAAAGUCAUGUUUGCUCAGUAGUAAAAGAAUUCUCUUUUUGACUGGGAGAUAGUGGGUUAAAGCCCUGCUCGUUCCUUGGCCGUGCCCAACCUAAGACGUAAAAAUAGGUAGUGAUUACUCCUUCGCCAAUUGCUUGGCAUUUAGAAGUGAGAGUAAUGGGUCUUUUGAACAAAAUCUUAAAAACUAAGGUAUGUGUCGCAGCAGACAUUGGCACAAUAAACCCGCACUACUAUGAGUUUCUAAAACCUGAGCCGAGGUAGGCUUUGGCACGUAAAGAAACCCCCAGCGUCCUGAGUGUUGUGUAUAGGUAUAAUUUUGUGGGGCUUCACCUACAGGUGGUGACAUAUCAAUAUUGAGUAAAAUUUUAAAAACAAAUGAAACAAAAAUCAUUCAGGAUAGUUACGAAUAAUCGUCAGGUUAUAACCAAGAAAGGUAAUUCUAGAGUUUCCAUAAUUAUUAACAGUCUUGUUAAUAAUGCUAAAAUUAGAUCCUUGUUAGAAAGUUUGCUUAUACAGGACAAUAUCUGCUGUAAGGGAGAGGCAUUGCUCUCCAGGAUGAUUAGAUGGUGGCGAGAGUUUCAGUGAUCGGUGAAAUCCAUAUAAUUAUUGUCUAUAGUUGAGUGUGGAAUGGAAAUGAAAAUUCAUUUGCUUGGUUAUGACAGUUUUUUUAAAAAAGUCCAUUUUGUGAUAAGAACUGUAGCUGGUAAUACUUCCAUCUCUGACAUGAAUUUAACAAAAUGGGACUUUAUGAUAGAAUGAAAUAUGAAUUUUAUUUUCAUGUUCCAAUCUUGAUAGCUGUCUGUUUCAUAUUAUGUGAUUAUAUGUUUCUAUCCAAAUGGUAUUAUCUCCUGGCCACUUGCUAACAGUAGCAUGCAGAUCUUGUGUUACUUAACAUAUUGCAAUUAUUUAAAACCUAUAGUACAUGACAUUGUAUUGUUUAAGAUGCAAUAAAUAAAGGGCAUAAAUACCUGAUCUAAGAUGAUUAAAAAUACACAAGAUGUUAUCAUAUGAUGCAAGUCUUUCAAUUACAUACAAUAAAAAUUUAAGUGAC